GGUGUCACUCAAUAUAACUGGGGCUUUUCUCCUUAUGUAGGAUAAACCCACCUUAAAUUCAAAUAUGCGUUUCCCUUCAACAGAUCCAGGGGUCCUGAGAUAUCCUCCCUUCUUAUUAUUCCAGCUGAGGGGUUCACUUCCUUCUCACCAUGGAACUCUUCAUUUUGCUCUCCUUCGCUCUCUUUUCAGAUGCCAUGGUCAUGGAUGAAAAGGUGAAGGCAGGUGUUGAGCUCGACACAGCUUCUGUUACCUGUAACUACAAUGCCCACUACAAGGACCUCACCAAGUACUGGUGCCGGGGCUAUUUCCGGGACGCGUGCAACAUUAUCGCCUUCACCCCUAACAGCACUAGCCGUGUGGCCCUGAAGGACACAGGAAGCCAACUCAUCAUCACUGUGUCCUGCCUGGUCAAGAAGGACACAGGCUGGUACUGGUGCGGCAUCCAGAGGGACUUUGCCAGAGAUGACAUGGAUUUCACACAGCUGAUUGUGAGCGACAAGCGAGAAGGCCGGGACAGUGGUCUCUCGACUGACCCUUCAGGCAACAGGAACCGGAGCUGUAGGGCUUCCAAAGCUGUCCAAAAAGCAGAGGGCUCCAGAAUAUCCAUUCUGAUCAUCUGCAUACUGAUUACCGGUUUGGGGAUCAUCUUUAUAAUCAGUCAUUUGUCCAGGGGAAGGAGAAGCCAAAGGAAUAGAGGAGUUACUGGCAAAAGUAUGACUAGAAAUUCCCAAGCAAGCCAAGCUCCGUCUGUGGUCUCCAUACCAUUGUAGGCAAUGAGUCGAAGUUCUAUCCAUGUGUUCUGACUCAAGGAAAUGGCUCGGACUGGACACGUGUGACUGAAAAUUUCUUUCAUUUAGCUCCUAAAUCAAGUGAUAGCAUUACGACAGCAUCUCCAUGACAACUGGCCUGCAUCUCGCAGACCGAUUCUGACCUUUCAAGAUCUCUCAAAGGCCGCCUGACCUUCAGC